GGUUGGUUGCAAAAGGUAAUCGACAGUGAACUCUCAACCCUGCAUGGAAUGUAAAUAAAUAAUAUGAUAUAAUUUCUUAACCUUAUCUACGCCUCCAUCAACGCAAAGACAAUGGUCACCGAAACCACAAUCCCUAUGACUCUGCUUUCCCUUGUCUUUUAUAUUUGUGUUGCUGCGCCAGAUUCAUCAUCAGAAGCAACUGCACUUGGUUAUGGCUACAUCAUCUCAAGUGUUAACAACACGGCCAAGUCUUUGACAGCUAACCUUAACCUCAUCAAACCCUCCUCUUUUUUCGGAACCGACUUUCCAAUCCUCUCCCUCGCUGCCCGUUUUGAGGACAAGAAUAGAUUAAGGGUAAGAAUCACCGACUCCGAUCAUCAAAGAUGGGAAAUCCCACAAGAAUUGAUUCCUACAGGUUCCUCCUCAUCUCAAUAUUAUUACCCUCCACGCUUCCUCAAUAGCAAGCAAGUUUCUCAGCAAUCAAAGGACUCUUUUAGUGUUACACAUCCAAACUCAGACCUUAUUUUCACUCUCUACAACACCACCCCAUUUGGCUUCACUGUCUCACGCAAAUCCUCCAAUGAUGUUCUCUUCAACGCUAGACCUGAUCCUUCCAAUCCUGAAACUUUUCUCAUCUUCAAAGAUCAGUAUUUGCAGCUAUCUUCUUCCCUUCCAUCACAAAGGGCCUUUCUUUAUGGGCUUGGGGAGCACACUAAGAGCUCCUUCAAGCUGCAACCCAAUCAGAAUUUCACUUUGUGGAAUGCAGACGUUGGAAGUUCAAACCUCGAUGUCAACCUUUAUGGGUCUCACCCUUUCUAUUUGGACGUGAGAUCACAGUCCCCAGAUGGAAAAGUGAAAGGUGGAAGCACACAUGGGGUGUUACUGUUGAACAGCAAUGGAAUGGACAUAGUUUAUGGUGGUGAUCGUAUUACAUAUAAGGUCAUUGGUGGGGUUUUUGAUUUGUAUUUUUUCGGUGGUUCCUCUCCAGAAUUGGUGUUGGAUCAGUACACUGAACUCAUUGGUAGGCCUGCUCCCAUGCCUUAUUGGUCCUUUGGUUUUCAUCAGUGUCGAUGGGGCUACGAGAGUGUAAGUGAUCUCCAGGGUGUGGUUGCCAACUACUCAAAAGCAAAUAUACCCCUUGAAGUUAUGUGGACAGAUAUUGACUACAUGGACGGAAAUAAAGAUUUCACACUUGAUCCAAUCAACUUUCCAUUGGAUAAGAUGAGAAGUUUUGUUGAUACUCUUCACCAAAAUGGUCAGAAAUAUGUGCUUAUCUUGGAUCCUGGUAUCAAUGUAAAUGACACACAUGCAACCUAUGUUAGAGGUUUGAAAGCUGAUAUAUACAUAAAGAGAAAUGGAGUCAAUUACUUGGGUAAAGUUUGGCCUGGACCAGUUUACUACCCUGAUUUUCUAAACCCACGCAGCCAAGAAUUUUGGGGUGGGGAGAUCAAAUUAUUUAGAGACCUUCUCCCUUUUGAUGGUCUUUGGAUUGACAUGAAUGAGUUAUCAAAUUUCAUUACUUCUCUUCCAAUUCCAUCUUCUAACCUUGAUAACCCUCCCUACAAAAUCAACAAUAAAGGAUCUCAACAAUCCAUUAAUGACAGAACAGUCCCUGCAACGUCUUUGCACUUUGGUAACAUCACUGAGUAUAAUGCCCACAAUUUGUAUGGACUCUUAGAAGCCAAGGCAACUAACAAGGCAUUAGUGAAUAUAACUGGUAGAAGGCCAUUCAUUCUUAGUAGAUCAACAUUUAUUAGCUCUGGUAAGUACACUGCCCAUUGGACAGGAGACAAUGCUGCAACAUGGAAUGAUUUGGCAUACUCAAUUCCAUCCAUAUUGAAUUUUGGAAUCUUUGGGAUUCCGAUGGUUGGAGCAGAUAUAUGUGGUUUCUCAGGGAAUACAACUGAAGAACUUUGCCGGCGUUGGAUCCAGUUGGGGGCCUUUUACCCCUUUGCGAGAGAUCAUUCAGACAAGAAUUCCAUCAGGCAAGAGCUUUACCUUUGGGAAUCAGUUGCUGCAUCAGCUAGGAAAGUGCUUGGUCUUCGUUAUCGUCUUCUUCCUUAUUUCUACACACUAAUGUAUGAAGCACAUACAAAAGGGACGCCAAUUGCAAGACCCCUUUUCUUUUCAUUCCCUGAGGAUGUCACAACAUAUGAAAUCAACUCACAGUUUCUGUUGGGUAAAGGGGUUUUGGUGUCACCUGUACUACAAUCUGGGGCAGUCACUGUUGAUGCAUACUUUCCUGCAGGAAACUGGUUUGACCUCUUCAAUUUCUCAAAUUCAUUGAAUGCAAAAUCAGGCCAGCAUGUGACUCUUAAUGCUCCAUCUGAUCACAUUAAUGUGCAUGUUGGGGAAGGUAAUAUUUUGGCAUUGCAAGGAGAAGCAAUGACAACUGAAGCUGCUAGAAACACUUCAUUUCAACUUGUGGUGGUUAUUAGUAGAAGUGGAAAUAGUUAUGGAAAAGUCUAUUUGGAUGAUGGGGAGGGUCUUGACAUAGCAGGAGGGAAUGAGCAAUGGACGUUAGUAAGCUUUGAUGCUGCAUUUGACAACAAUAGCAUUUUUGUUGCAUCUAAGGUCACUAAUGGAAGAUUCGCUCUAGACCAAAGGUGGAUCAUAGAUAAGGUAACUCUCUUGGGGAUACCUAAGCAUAAGACAUUUAAUAGAAUGGAUUUGUCAAGGAAGGAGUUGAACAUUGUAAACGGGAUGAAUUCGAUUGGGAAAGCAACUGUGAGGACACAACUUGAUAGCUCCUCUCAGUUUGAUAUUGUUGAAGUUUCAAAAAUAUCACUACUUAUUGGAAAGGAAUUUAAUCUGGAGAUUAAAAUCUAGUUAAGGUUACUUUAAGAAAGCAAAUUGCCCGAGAAUCUGUGCUUUCUUUAUAGUUGCAUUGAUGAGUUCAAGGUUACUAUUAGGCAUGCAUUUUCCCAAGCUAGAACACAAACAAUCGUAAAAAAUGUCAUAUUUUGUAUCAAAUGUAUGAAAUAAUGUCAACAUGGCUGUGAAGCUCAAGCAUGGAAAUAUCUGUCCAUCAAUAGUUGGAGUGAGUAUUUCCUAGUACAGGUGGUUUGCUAAUAAUUUAUGCCAACAACUUGGUAGUUACCUUUAUUUGAGGUUCCAUGAAUCCUAAACUCUUCACAUUCUGUCCUUAGAUGCUUGAAUGAAGGCUAGCAGUGCAGUAUCCGUUGAACAUUAUGGGAUCAUAUCAUAUCCACAAGAGCAUCCUCUCAUGAUUGUAUUUCUUUUCUAGUAAAAUGAUAAUCAGAAUAUCUUACUUUAAAAGAGAAAUAUUAAUGACACAUUUCUUAACACACUCUUAAUUAUUACACUCUUAAUUAUUGGCUAAAAUUUAUUAAAAAUUACAAAAAUUAAGUGAAUUUUUCUCAUAAAAUAAUGUAUUUUAGUAGUUAUAAGUAUUUUAAAAAAUGUCCUAUUAGCAUUAUAGUCCAAAAAUAUCACCUGGAGUGCAGCUGCCCCAAUCUCACUGCUAAUUAAAUUUGAUGGUUCAUAAAUGAUUUGAAAAUUAACACUUUCUUGAGAUAGCCCACAAAGAACAUCUCAUAUAAAAAU